UGUGACGAUGUCUCCGACCUCAUGCCCACCAAUCUGAGGCCCACUUGAGCACCGACAUCUAUGCUGUCACCAUCAGACAAUGGUAGCUUAGAUUAGCCAAGGACCAUUGUGGAGUGAGACAUCGACCGUUUUGAUUCUGAUCGGGCAGGAUUGGAGUUAUACUUGGGUAUACAGAAUGGAUCCUGCUAUGGAUCAGUUGUGGGGAGCUUGAUCUACGUAUGUGCCUGGCCGAACUUUUCCCGUCUACAGGGCGAUUGCCCGGUUUGGGGAAAAAGCAUGGAGACCAUGCCAUAUCGUAUUGCUCCAUCGCAAGCUUCCAGUUGCGGCAGAUGUCUACUCGAGUGGGGUUUGUCCUUGUUUUCUCGUUCCUUGAUUUUUCCAGGCGCUUCAUCUUUUUGACUUUACACGGAAGCCCAGACACCCGCUAUUGGCCAGCUUGCCAGGCACCCGGGACACCGUGGGAAGCGUCCGACCCAUCCUUAUUCGUGCCCGGCCGUGCAGAGCCGAUCAGCCACACCCCAGCUGCCGCUGCCGAUCGUCUUGCGGAAUGCCACAGGCUACAAUAACCACUAACCAGUUAACCGCCUGUGUUCCACGUGGGUGCGACUCCAAGGUUAGUCUAGACCAGGAGUCAGCGGGCCCGCGAAUUCAAUUGACUCUCUCCGAGACGG